AUGAGAAGGGUGGGGUGGCUGGACAGGGCCGGGCCUCACUGGAGACACAGGGGCCAGAGGCCGUCUCGAGCGGCGCAGACCCAGGCACCGCGGAGGCAGGCCCAGUGUGGCCGAAGCCGCCUGGCCCAGAGCUGCAGCCUUCACGCUUCAGGGGCAGUGCCUGGCAAGGACCACAGCACCCAUAGGUCUGCGGUUGAGAAGGGGGCUGACGCCCAGCUGGCAGCAGAGGAGAAGCAGCACGUCGAUGAAGCCAGUUUAAGGCGUGAGUUCCACUCCUUGAGCAUCGUGGUCCACAGCCUGGGAGAGCCUCCCUGCACCGGGACAUAG